CUGUGAAGAUGGUUCGCUACUCCCUUGACCCAGAAAACCCCACGAAAUCAUGCAAAUCAAGAGGCUCAAACCUUCGUGUUCACUUUAUGAACACCCUGGAAACUGCCCAGGCCAUCAAGGGUAUGCAUAUCCGCAAAGCCACCAAGUAUCUGAAGGAUGUCACUUUAAAGAAGCAAUGUGUGCCAUUCUGGCUGUAUAAUGGUGGAGUCGGUAGGUGUGCCCAGGCCAAACAGUGGGGCUGGACUCAGGGACGGUGGGCAAAAAAGAGUGCUGAAUUUUUGCUGCACAUGCUUAAAAAUGCAGAGAGUAAUGCUGAACUGAAGGGUUUGGAUGUAGAUUCUCUGGUCAUUGAACACAUCCAGGUGAACAAGGUUCCUAAGAUGCGCAGACGAACCUACAGAGCUCAUAGCCGGAUUAACCCAUACAUGAGCUCCCCCUGCCACACCGAGAUGAUCCUCACUGAGAAGGAACAGAUUGUUCCAAAGCCAGAAGAGGAAGUUGCACAGAAGAAAAAGAUAUCCCAGAAGAAACUGAAGAAACAAAAACUCAUGGCACGGGAUUAAAUUCAGCAUAAAUA